AUGGCUUCAGAGAUCACGUAUGCUGAAGUGAGGUUCAACGGUGAAUCCAAGUUCUCAGGUGCCAAAUCAGAGCCUCCUGCAGCUCCUAGGGAGAAGACCAGCCCUCACAAAAGUAACUCUGGGUUUCCCAAGAAGCUUCUUGCCUUAUUGCUGAUAUUUCUGCUGCUAUUGGCAAUCUCAUUCUUUAUUGCUUUUAUCAGGAAGGACUGGGGCUGCUGCCCAGAGAAUUGGGUGGUGUCUGAUACCAGCUGCUACUUUAUUUCUUCUGAAAGGAAAACUUGGAAUGAGAGUGAGAAUAACUGCUCUGGGAUGGGAGCUCACCUGCUGGUGAUCAACAGCGAGGAGGAGCAGCAACUAAUAUUACAGAAGCUGAAUAGAAGAUUUGCUUAUUAUGUAGGCUUGUCGGACCCAGAAGGGAUCCACCAGUGGCAAUGGGUAGAUCAGUCACCAUAUAACAAAAGUGUCACAUUCUGGCAUCCAGGUGAACCCAGUAGUCCUAAUGAGCGUUGUGUCAUAAUAAAUUAUAUUAAAAACCAGUUCUGGGGCUGGAACGAUGCCCCUUGUGAUGAAUUUCAAAACUCAGUUUGUGAGAUGAUGAAGAUCUACAUAUGA